UAAGUGCCGAGACUUGUGGGAAGUCCCUGCCUAACGGCGGUAGCAGAGAAACGCUGGGUCGGUUUUUCCGGCGCUACUCCGCUGCGCUAAGGGGAGGGGUCUCGGGGGCUGCGCGCUCCAGGCCCGGCCGGUGCCUCUCCUCACCUGGCGCGGGUGACUCAGGGGUUGGGUCCCGCUGUCCCCAGGCGUUUGUGCUGUUGGGACCCGCGGUCGCUGGCGCCUGGCAGCUCGAGCCCCGCAGGGCUGCAGGAGGAGCGAGCGCCCCUGCCAGGUCGCCCGCACCAGCACCCGCACCCCAUGGGACCGUGACCCGCUCGAGGUGAUCACAGCAGCGGGGAUGGGGCUCUGAGAUCACUGGGACUGGACCCCUCUUCUGGUGCAGGUCACUUUCUUUAAUGUGCUACUAGUCAUACACUGCGGAUGGGAAUGAUAAAGGUUAAUGAUGUCAAAAAAUUAUUCUAGAAGAAAGAUAGUGCCAACCAAAGUAACAGAUUGGGUGGCACCUUCAUUUGAUGAUUUCUUUGGGAACACAAAUAUUUUAUCUAGUACCAUUCCUGUGAAAUCACAUGGGGACGAUAAUCAGCAUCAGAAGAGAAAAGAUCAUUCCUCUCUUCCAGAAAAUAGCAAGAACAAAGUUCUGGGCAGAAUCAAGGGAAAGUCCUCUUCAAUAGAUCACAUUUGUGAUUGCUCAAAACAAAAUCAAAACCAGUCUCAAAAUGAACCAUGGGUGGAUAGAUACAAACCAGGAACACAGAACGAGCUUGCUGUACAUAAGAAGAAGAUUGAAGAAGUUGAAACAUGGUUAAAAGUUCAUAUAUUUCAAAGGCAACCAAAGCAGGGUGGCUCUAUUUUAGUACUAACUGGACCCCCAGGCUGUGGAAAGUCUGCAACUAUACAAAUAUUGGCUAAGGAGCUUCAUGUUCUGGUGCAAGAAUGGACCAACCCAAUAUCUCUAGACUUUAGAAAAGAAGAUUUCAAGGAUGCUUUUAACUAUGAAUCCAGUUUUCAGAUGCUUCCCAGUCAGGCCCAGACUGUAUUCUUUCAAGACUUUCUGUUAAGAGCAAAUAAGUAUAACAAACUUCAGAUGUUAGGGGACUCCCCAGAGGCUGAUAAUAAACUUAUUCUCAUUGAGGAUAUGCCUAACCAGUUUUAUCGUGAUCCUGAUAGUUUACAUGAAAUUCUGAGGAGGUUUGUGCGGACAAGUAGAUGUCCCCUUGUGUUUAUAAUCUCAGACAGUCUCAGUGGAGGUAGCAACCAAAGGUUAUUAUUUCCAAAGGAAAUUCAGGAAGAAUUUUGUAUAUCUAGUAUAAGUUUUAACCCUGUGGCUCCAACAAUGAUGGUGAAAGUUCUUAAUCGAAUAGCUACAGCAGAAGCAAGUAUGAAUGGAGAAAAAUUUGCUGUCCCUGAUAAAAGCUCUUUAGAGUUGAUUUGUAAAGGCUGUUCAGGUGACAUUAGAAGUGCAAUAAACAGUCUUCAGUUUUCAUCUUUGAAAGAGUACUCAUCAGAGAACAACUUGUGGUCAAGGAAGAAAGGGAACUCUACAUUAAAAUGUAAUACAGAAGCAUCCAGAACCAGGAAGAAAAAGAAAGCUGAUAAGAUUUCAGAAAACCAGGAGAUACAAGCUAUUGGUGGAAAAGAUGCCUCCAUCUUUCUUUUCCAUGCUUUGGGGAAAAUACUGUACUGCAAAAGAGAGCCAUUAUCUGAUUCAGAAUUUCCUCGGUUACCCUCUCACCUAUCUGAAUAUGAAAGAGACACCUUGCUUGUUCAACCUGAGGAUAUUGUAGAAAAGUCACACAUGCCUGGAGACCUAUUUAAUUUAUAUCUUCACCAAAACUAUGUAGAUUUUUUCACCGAUAUAGAUGAUGUUGUGAGAGCCAGUGAAUAUUUGAGUACUGCUGACUUCCUCUGUAGUAACUGGAAUUCACGACCUACACUCAGGGAAUACAGUGCAUCUGUGGCUACAAGAGGUGUGAUACAUUCAAAUACUGCUAGAGCCCUUGCUCAUUGUCAAGGAGGAAUGGGUUUUCGGCCUUUUCAUAAACCCCAGUGGUUCCUAAUCAACAAAAAGUAUCAAGAAAACUGCCUUGCUGCAAAAUCUCUAUUCUCAAGUUUCUGUUUGACACCGUUAUGUCUUCAGACCCAACUGUUGCCUUUUCUUGCUCUGCUGACAAAUCCAAUGAGAAACCAAGUUCAGAUUGCUUUUAUUCAGGAUGUUGGAAGGCUUCCCUUGAAGAGACACUUUGGAAGGUUAAAGCUUGAAACUCUUACAGAUAAAGAUCCUGGUAUGCCAGGCUUUGAAAAUAUUGAUGAUGGGGACUUCACAGCUAUGCGACCUCUGAAGGUGCUCUUUGAGUUGGAAAAAAACAAAAUAAAUUACCAUGAGCCAGAUGAAUUUUCUCUUAAUUGUAGCCAGGCUAGUGGAAGUGAACUAUCAGGUAGUCAGCCUCAGCCUGUUACUGCACAAGCAAUCAUGGAGGAAGAUGAAUUAAAAAUAGAUGAUUAUGAUAGUGACUGAGGACAAGAAAAGUCAACAGCAAUGGUCUAACAUGGUUUAAAAUAUUUUCAUUCUGUGCUAAAAGAGUCUUCCUUGAAUAGAUAAUAACAAAAGUAUCAGUGGUGUAUUAGAGUAGGCUUAUUAUAUAGUAAUUCUACCUUAAUAUACCUGUAAUUAUUUACAUAAGAGCAUGCAGUGGGGUAGUAUCAAGGUGCUAAGUUUUCUUAAUUUCCUUGAUAUUGCAGUAGUAAGCCCAAGUGUGUGUACUUAAUCAAAGGUGUUGCCUGUCCUGAGCCAUCAAAGUAACCCAUAUUUAAACAAAAAUAAAAUUAUAAAUGAGCUGAAAUAUUUGAAAGAAAACUAAUAGUGAAUAGUAAAUGACACUUUUAUUUUUUACACUUUUUAAUUUAAUCUUGGAAUUUCUGGGUAUAUCUUGUAUAUUUUUGUCAGCACUUGGAGGUUUACAUAUUUUCAAAGACAUUUGCUACUGUUUGGAAACAUUUUGAGGGAAGAAAAAAUACAAUGUAUAUUGUAAAAAGUUAGCUCAGUAUUGAUGUAAAUAAUAAAUUUCUUACUGUUACUUAUACAAGUUUGUACUUUUGUCCUUAUAAAUAUUAUUUGUUUAUAAACAGAAGCAUGUAUUGUAUAGUAGAUUAUUUUAGAUGAUUUUUUUUUAAUAUUUGCAUAAUUUAUCAUGGAAUACACCAUUAAAUUUCAAGUGCUUUGUACCCGUUAGGAAAUUGGUAUUUUUAUCUGGAACCCAUUUUUUUCUGCAGAAUAUAUCUGAAUUUAGAAGGUGUCUGUUCAAAUGAA